AUGCAACUCGAACAACAAUUCGACCAAAACGAAUGGAAUUCGGCUGAGUUGCAAGAAUAUCUACUUUAUUUAGAACAAAGAGAAAAGGACGUUAGAUUAUAUGAAGAUUACAUUUCUUAUUCCCAAAAAUACUACGGCCUUGGUGUUAAGCAAUCUCCAGG